AUGAGUGGGCUCUGCUGGCCAGGGAAGCAGCUGGAUGAACACGAGCCGUGACCUGCAAUUAUUCAUAUUCAAUUCUCAUAAACUAGCUAUUUUUUUUAACUUUCUUUAAAGCAACGAGGAACCAGUGCACCGGUUUUUCUUAACGCACAAAAGGAAAUGUUAAGUUUGCUAGCCGAGUUAGCUUAAUAUAACUGAGUAGCUAGCUUGGGGGCUAGCUAGGUGUAGCAUCUGGAUUUCAUUUUUACUAUGGACGCUUGUCUCUCGCCUGAAUCUCACGUGUGGUUGACAUGCAUUGUACAACACAUUUAAAACAAGUAGCACCGGCCCUUUGUGUCUGAGAAGCUGCAUGACAGGUUAGUUGGUAUGUCAUGAGUGCUGGUUUAGACGGGAUACGUUAUCAUCGCAAAACUAAACUAGCGAUUGAUUUGUAAUGUUGCAGUCGGUUCCUGCUAACAGGCAUUGUAACUUCUUGUAACCUUUUGGCGCUUUUCUUCUCAUGACACCUUAGCUAUGACUGCAUGCAUGUGUGUAGCAUGAGUGUGCGCCUGGACGGGAGAAGAUGCCACCCUCUUUCACCGAGCACUGUCCGGCUUAUCCCAUCGAUUAGCUGACCGACACUUGCUGGAGAGGACUGGGAAGCUACCGUGUGUGAGAAGCUAUUAUCAAUUACUCUCGUGCUGCUCGUCUGUCCCAUGGCUGCUGUCAGCGGUGUGAACAUGCUCGGGGGACGUGGCACUGGCCGGUCCUCCUUCACCAACACCUCGGUGUCCGACAGCCCGGCGCCGGGUACCGAUACCCGGGGCUGCGAGAAUGGAGCCUUAAUGGACUCGUUUGGAAUUUUCCUGCAAGGACUCCUGGCUAUGAUGGCUUUCAGCAUACUGAUGCUGAAACGCUUCAGGGAGCCAAAGCAUGAGAGGAGACCCUGGAGGAUCUGGUUCCUGGACACCUCGAAGCAGGCCAUUGGGAUGCUGUUUAUCCACUUUGCUAAUGUCUACUUGUCAGACCUCACAGAAGAGGAUCCUUGCUCACUAUACCUCAUUAACUUCCUGUUGGACGCUUCUCUGGGCAUGCUGCUGAUCUAUGCCGGGGUGAGAGCCGUCAGUGCUAUCGUAGAGUGGAGGCAGUGGGAGUCUCUGCGUUUUGGGGAAUACGGAGAGCCGGUGCAGUGCACAGCGUGGUUGGGCCAGUGCAUCCUCUACAUCCUCAUCAUGAUGUUUGAGAAAGUCCUCAUCAUGCUGGUCCUCCUCAUCCCUCAGUGGAAGAAGCUGGCUCUCCUCAACCCCAUACAGAACCCAGACCUGGAGCUGGCCAUCGUCAUGCUCAUCGUUCCGUUCUUCGUCAACGCCCUCAUGUUCUGGGUGGUAGAUAAUUUCCUCAUGAAGAAGCACAGGACAAAAGCAAAGCUGGAGGAGAGAGAGGAGGACUCGCGGGGGAACAGCAAGGUGCGCUACAGACGAGCUCUGUCCCAUGACGACUCAGAGUCCGAGAUCCUUUUCUCAGCAGACGAUGAAAUGGACGAGUCGGACGAAGACGAUGUUCGCCGGCUCACCGGCAUGAAGACGGUGAAGAAGAAGAAGCUUCGCAUGGGGAUCCCUGUUUGACCCGUGAUCACAGCGUCAGAUUUCCUCUGGUAGCUGCUCACCUCGCAUAUACACUCCCCUUUCCUCCACAGAUGCCCUUCGACGACAGAAGAAAAAUACUGUAACUGACUUCCCUUUCCUGUGACUCCCGGAGGACGUCUGACCUGGGAUUUCAUUCGACUCGCUGGGAGACAUUCGUUCAAUUCGCCGGGUUCUUCGGAUCCCUGUUGCAUUUUGACAUGGCACAUCUGGGAGUUUCGGAAAAGGAAUCCACCAUGAACAACUCAAAUAUCGUUGAGUCCUAUAUGUACGUGUAAUAGGAAACCGGUAACACUGGUUUCAUAUGUUUUGGACUUCAGUGUGUGUGGUUGUGACAGUAAAAAGCCACAAGGAACAUCAUGCAAACAAACUGUCCUAUGGGUUUGUUACCUUUGAUAUUCUAACAUUUCCAUUAAGGUGAUUGUAUUCCUGAUGUUUAUGUAAAAUGUUCCUUUGUUUUCUCACAUAGAUGUACCACCAUGGCCGUAUGUAUGUAUGUAUGUAUGUAUGUAUGUGUGUGUGUGUGUGUGUGUGUACAGUUGGACAAACCUUUACGCAUUUUGUCAGUGUUUGAAUCACUGUACUUAUGCAACUCUUCCAGCACAGUAACUCACUAAACUACUGCAUAUCUCGUUUGUAAUGUUACUCGUGUCAUUAAUGCUUGCAGCAGCCUUCCAUCUGUAUCUAUUGACCGAGUACUUUCCACUGUUAGACCUGUAGGACUGCAGCAUCCCUCGAAUAUCAGCUCGGCAUGUGUCUUCUUGUUUGUGAUCGUUUUACCGGUGUAUUUUUGUCAUUGAAUGUCUUUUGUCUCGUCUUAGGUUUUUGGGAUCUUUUUUGUAUAGAAUUCUGUGUUAUUUUCGGGCCAAAAAGGUGACUAUGCUUGUUCCAAAAGUGUUCUUUGUUCCUUAACUCCAACAGGGAGAGCAGAUAUGGGAACCAUUUCUUGCACAAUUUCCCAGCUUUCACCUUUCCUUUUUGUGUGAUAGUUGUUACUUUUUUAUGUUACAAAAAUGUGCCUGAGUGAAAUUACCAGCAGGUGUUUGUUGUCUUUUUGUUGGUUAGUUUUUGGACUGUUUUUAUCCAGAGCUCCAGAUGUUCAGGCAUGAAGCAGCAUUCAGCAGGCUCUGAUGUUAAGAAUGUGACAUGCAUAGACCUCUAAACUGUUAAGUUACUGCAGACCAGACAGAGAAAGGGCGUGUGUGUGCGUGCGUGUGUGUGUGUGUGUGCCAGUGUAUAUAUAAAGUAUAACUGCAUGUACUGGCGUGGGCUGUAUGAGUGUGUGUAUAGUGGGUGUGGCUGCUGGUCCUCUUUAAAGUAAAUGGAGAGUGACAUAUACUGUGAUGGUGAUGGUGAUGGUGAUGAUUUCAUUAUGAUGUUUUUGGCAUGUUGGCGAGGAACAUAUGACUGCGCAUUUUAAAGGAGGGUAAUACAGAAUUAUGCAGCAGCUUUGGGAACUCAAUCGGGACAAAGAGGGCUUUUAGGAUUUUUCAAAGUGAAACUACUAGAUCAGAGGUUUUCAAAGUGACCGUGUGGGCUCCAGGAAGAGCUCCCAACAGUCUUUAAAGAGGCUGAAUGAAAGGAAGAUCACACACCCUAAAUGUGUGUGAUCUGAUUGGAAAUGGUUCAGAUAUUCUGCAGUAUUUGGGGACAUUUUAAAAAUGUUUCCACUGUCGGAACUACUCAAUUCCUAGGAUAUACCCUUUUUACGUAUUUGUAGUACGAGGCUAUCUUGACUCAAUUGAUGACUGACUAUGUUAUCAAAUAAUAUAUUCAUGAGACCAUAGGCAUCCAGCCAUUGAGCUAAAGUAAGGAACUAAAAUAAGGGGGGGGGGGCAGAGGGGGUACUUUCUUUUGUUUUCUGAAGGGAGGCCUACUGUCCCACACUUUGAAAACCACUGCUAUAGAUGAGAACAAAGAAAAGUGAUGGAGGUAAAUUAUCAUUCUAAAUGCUUUUCCAAUAAAGGAUGUGAUACACUA